CAUAUAAAAAUUACUUAAUAUAUGCAGAUUUUUAUUUUUUAUAUUUAAUGUGAUGUAAGCUGCCUUUAACUCAAGAAAGAGAAAAAAAGAAGAAGAGAAAAACUCACAGGCAUCUUCUUGAUUUCUUUAGUGGUAGAAAACAAAGACACUCCUGCUAUUUCUUCUUUUGACAUCACAAGAAAUAUUCUUUUUAAGCUCUUCCAAAUACGACUAGGAGAAGUGGAUAGCUCUGUUCUUGAAUUUCCGAAAGGUUCUUUCUUUAGUUGCUUUUUGCUUCUAUGAGUUGGUGCUGCAUAUAAGAUUUUUUUGUGAUUAUUUUGAUGGGACUGUAAAUGGGUUCUCUUGAAAAUGGGAUUUCUUUGAAGAAAGAUCAAAGCUUGCUUCGUUCUGCAUCAGCAACUGGUGGGAGGAGUAAUGCAUUUGGUCAAAGAGCAGUCAGAUCGAUAUUUGCAAGAUUCUUGUUUGUUAACAAGAUCAAUUAUUUGCAAUGGAUUUGUACUGUGGCUGUAUUUUUCUUCUUUGUUGUUCUCUUCCAGAUGCUCUUGCCUGCUUCUUUAAUGGAAAAAUCAGGGAAUCUGAGUUCUCAAGAUAGUGGAGUAGUGGAUUUAGCUUUCUUGAAAGAGUUGGGGGCUUUGGAUUUUGGGGAAGAUAUCAAGUUUGAGCCUUUGAAGCUUUUCGCUAAAUUUCGCGAUGAGGCUGUUGAGGCCAAUGGAACUUUUGCUUCAAGAACUGUACUGAGAUUUGGUUAUAGAAAACCUAAGCUGGCUUUGGUAUUUGCUAAUUUGUUGGUUGAUCCAUAUCAAAUAAUGAUGGCUAAUGUUGCAGCUGCAUUACGGGAGAUUGGUUACGAAAUUGAGGUGCUCUCACUUGAAGAUGGUCCAGUGAGGUCCAUUUGGAAAGACGUAGGAGUUCCAGUCAUCAUCAUGAACACCAAUGGACAUACAAAGAUCUCUGUAGAUUGGCUAAACUAUGACGGCAUACUGGUGAACUCUCUUGAAGCUGUCCAUGUCUUGUCUUGUGUAAUGCAGGAGCCUUUCAAGAAUGUACCUCUGGUAUGGACCAUUAAUGAAGUUACACUUGCUUCUCGGUUGGAGCAGUAUAUUUCAAGUGGGCAGAACAAUGUUGUGGACAACUGGAGAAAAAUCUUUACUCGUGCCAAUGUUGUUGUCUUCCCAAACUAUAUCCUACCGAUAGCUUAUUCAGUCUGUGAUGCUGGAAACUACUUUGUUAUUCCGGGUUCUCCUAAAGAAGCAUGGGAAGUUGAUAUGUCGAUGGAUGUAUCCAAUGAUAAUUUACGAGCUAAGAUGGACUAUGCACCUGAAGACUUUGUUAUUGUGGUUGUGGGGAGUCAGCUUCUAUAUAAAGGCCUCUGGCUAGAACAAGCCCUUGUUUUACAGGCUUUAUUACCGGUUUUUCCUGAAUUAACAAAUGAUGGCAAUUCAAACUCCCGUUUCAAGAUUGUUGUACUGGCUGGGGGUUCAAAUGCCAAUUACAGUGUGGCUGUGGAGGCUAUUGCGCGGAACUUGAGAUAUCCCAAGGGAAUGGUGAAGCACGUUGCUCCUGCCGAAGAUACAGAUAAAACUUUGAGUGUGGCUGACCUUGUCAUAUAUGCAUCUUUCCGUGAGGAGCAAUCUUUUCCAAUCACUUUGCUAAAGGCAAUGUGCUUUGGGAAACCUAUAGUGGCUCCAGAUCUACCAAUGAUAAAGAAAUAUGUCAAUGAUAGUGUGAAUGGCUAUCUUUUUCCAAAAGAAAAUGUCAACGUUUUAACACAGAUCAUGUUGCAACUCGUAUCAAAUGGUGAACUAUUAGUUCUAACCCACAAUGCUGCUUCUGUUGGACAACAUACUGCAAGGAACCUUAUGGUUUCAGAAAGUGUGGAAGGGUAUGCUUUAUUAUUGGAGAACAUUCUCCGAUUUCCAUCCGAAGUUGCUUAUCCCAAGGCUGUUACUGAAAUUCCUGAAAAACCAAAAGCAGAAUGGCAGUGGCAUCUUUUUGAAGCGAUCGAAACAAAAUAUUCUCAGAACCAGACUUUGAAGACCUCAAGUUAUUUGAGUAAGAUUGAAAGGCAAUGGAAUCCGACUCAAAGAGAGGGUUCUGCAGCUGUGGUGGAGAAGAAUGAGAACUUUUUGUACGGCAUUUGGGAGGACCACAGAAAUACUGAGAUAGCCAAUGUGAGAAAGCGAAGAGAAGACCAAGAGUUGAAGGACAGAACCGAUCAACCUCGGGGAACAUGGGAAGAAGUAUACAGAAAUGCCAAAAGGGCUGAUCGGUCCAGGAACGAUUUGCGUGAAAGGGAUGAUGGGGAGCUUGAAAGAACUGGUCAACCAUUGUGCAUUUAUGAACCUUAUUUCGGCGAAGGGACCUGGCCCUUCUUGCAUAGUACAACACUUUAUCGUGGUCUUGGACUUUCUACCAAAGGGAGACGAUCCGGUCAUGAUGAUAUUGAUGGUCCUUCUCGGCUUCCACUUCUAAAUAACCCUUACUAUAGAGACGUUCUAGGUGAAUAUGGAGCCUUUUUCGCUAUUGCUAACAGGAUUGAUAGGAUACACAAAAAUGCCUGGAUAGGGUUUCAAUCUUGGAGAGCAUCAGCAAGACAGCAAUUGUUGUCCAACACUGCUGAAAAGUCACUAGUUGAUGCUAUUGAAGCGCGAAGGCAUGGUGACACACUCUAUUUUUGGGCUUGUAUGGAUGCGGACCCAAGGAACCCGCUUAGACAAGAUUUCUGGUCAUUUUGUGAUGCUCUUAACGCUGGAAAUUGCCAGUUUGCUUUCUCUGAGGCGCUAAAAAAGAUGUACGGCUUAAAACAGAAUUUGAGCUCUCUUCCUCCCAUGCCUAUGGAUGGAGACACAUGGUCUGUCAUGCACUCUUGGGCUUUGCCUACCAAGUCCUUCCUAGAGUUUGUAAUGUUUUCAAGGAUGUUUGUUGAUGCACUCGACUCACAAUUUUACGAAGAUCACCAUCGAAGUGGCCGAUGUUAUCUGAGUUUGACCAAGGACAAACAUUGUUAUUCUAGAGUCCUUGAGAUGCUUGUAAAUGUUUGGGCAUACCAUAGUGCAAGAAGAAUGAUGUACGUGGAUCCACAGACGGGCUUAAUGCAAGAACAACAUAGACUAAAAAGCCGUAAAGGCAAAAUGUGGGUGAAAUGGUUUCAACUUAACACUCUUAAGAGCAUGGACGAGGAGCUGGCUGAGGAGAUGGAUACCGACCACCCAAAAAGAAGGUGGUUGUGGCCGUCAACUGGUGAAGUGUUUUGGCAAGGUAUCUAUGAGAAAGAGAGAAAUUUGAGAAACAAAGAGAAGGAGAAAAGGAGGCAACAAAGUAAGGAUAAAAUCUCGAGGAUUAAGAAACGAACUCAUCAAAAAGCAUUAGGAAAAUAUGUCAAGCCUCCACCCGAGGAGUUGGAACAUCCAAACACAACGACGACAACAGCAACAGUUAUGAGGUAGCACUAGCCUACAGUAGUCUGUCCAAAGUUAAGUAGUCUAAUUUGGUUAAUAUUAUUUUUUCAAAAUCCCCACCAUUUUUUCAUUUUUGUUCAGAGGGAUGCUAUAGGUUUAUGUUGAGUAUGAGAGGGUAUUGAGCAUAGAUGCAUCCUUCUGAUAUUGUUGCCAAGCAUGUGCAUGUAUGGUAGUGUUUCUUUUCUACAUUUUUUCUUUUUUUUUUUGCAUACCUAAUUUUCUCUCCAAGAUUCCCUCUCUACUCGUUCAUUUAGGAGACAGUUACACGCUGAGCUUCAGCGAUUGUAUGUGUUGUAACUUAAAAGAAAAUUCUCUAUACCUUUCUGUUAAGAUAAUAGUUACGUUGGUGUAUACUAAGAUGUAACUGAGUUCAGCUGAACAUUUGCAAAAAUCCAUCAGAUCUGUGAGAGGCCAUUUGGAUCAUA